ACGGUCUCUCGUUUCUGCAUCAUCCACAUCCCGGUCGGUGGCUUGAAAGUCUCUCUCUUUCUCUGAAAGUUUCCAUCUUUUCCGAAGCAUCAGAUCCAACUCCCCCCCGAGAAAAAAGGGAGCUUUGUUUCAAGAACAGUUAUCAAUGUAUGUGUGAUAUUUCGUUAAUCAGGACCCCGUGGCGGCAAUCCUGCAAUGGCGUUCUGUGGUGACUUUGUACAGCAGCUUGGACCUGACAUGUCUGUAAAGAUUUUUAUGCACUUGGAUGACCCUUCUGAGCUAGCUCGUGUAUGUGCCGUGUCGCGUACUUGGCGCCAAUUUGUGAUUGCAAAUGACCUUUGCAAGAUACUCUGUUUGAGGAUGUUCCCUGAAGUAUCGGGUGUUACCCAUGUAGUCGAAGCGGACAACAUGAUAGAGCCUUUAAAAGUAAGAUCUUGCACUUCUCUCGAAUGGGAGCAACGUACGAGAAAUCAUAAAGUCUAUGCCUUUCUGGCUCGAGGUCUCACAACUGCUGUUGGGAAGAAUUGUAUAUCAGAGGCCAUCAGUGCAUCCAGCACUGAUAACUACCCCGAGGAAAGCGUACGAAACACUUUGGAACCAAGGGAUAGAGUUGAACACAGAGCAUCGUACUGGUCAAGUAAAGGUGAAUGUGACCCCAAAGUUUCAGAGUCUUUGGUGUACAAGUUGAAUGCUAAAUUAUGCAUCGUUACCGAGAUCCAUAUUCAACCAUUUCAAGCGUAUUUUCAGUUUGGAUCUCCUAUAUAUUCAGCUAAGGCUGUCAGAUUCAGAAUGGGUCAUCUAAAAACUCGGAAGAUGGAUGAAGAAACUGUUGAUGACUCUGGAGAUGGAGAUGAAUCAGUAGAGAACAAAUAUGUGUGGACGUAUAAGUCGCCAGAAUUUCCAAUGGCUCAGGAAAAUUGCUUGCAACAAUUUAAGCUGCCUCAACCUGUACUUAGUAUUGGAGGAAUCCUGCAAGUUGAUUUGUUGGGCAGAGUUCAGAGACAAGAAAUGGAUGGACUAUACUACAUAUGUGUAGCGCAUGUUCAAGUUCUGGGUCGGCCGCUCUCCCCUGCAUUUGAUGUCGACAUUGUUGACUUGUCAGGAAGAUGCACGCUAAAACACUACCCUGGAGUGGAGAGUCGUGCAUCUUCUGCGAGCUCGAUAAAGGAUGAAGACGGUACACCUUCUCGGGUCCGGACCUUUACAGCAAUGUUGAUGGAAAGAGGUGUAAGGAGUUGGGAGCAAAUGAUUUUGAGCACAAUUCUGGGGACUGCAGUGGUUGUUGACUCCGACGAAUCAGACGAAGAGAUUCCUGAUUAAUCUUCACAUUGAUUCACAUUUUACAUUGUCCAGAUUUUGCUAUUUCGGUUUCUUUCUUCUCUGUAAAUUUUACUGAUGCUGAUGCUGUGCCCUUGCUGCAGCGUGGCGGCGGUAAUGAGACUAGUGGGUAACCCAUUUUAUGUCGAUACUCCUGAAACCAUCUGGAGUUACGGAAAUGAGUGAUUGGUGUAUCUGAUCAGAUGUAUCUUAUAUCACACGCAAAUUGGGAACUGAAACUUAGUAUUUCCUAA